AUAAGAGCUCACUCGGUUCUGUGAUCCGUAUUCUCAGCCAUCUCUUCUCUUCUCCUCCCCACUCAGUUCCGACGAUCCUAACCAAGAUGCCGGGCUGCAUCGCCUUCGGACGCUUUGAUGACUCCUUCAGCCUUGCCUCUCUCAAGGCCUACGUCGCCGAGUUCAUCUCCACCCUCAUCUUCGUCUUCGCCGGCGUCGGCUCCGCCAUCGCCUACACCAAGGUGAGCGGCGGCGCGCCGCUUGAUCCGUCCGGGCUGAUUGCGGUGGCGAUUUGCCACGGGUUCGGGCUGUUCGUCGCUGUCGCCGUCGGUGCCAACAUCUCUGGCGGCCACGUCAACCCCGCUGUCACCUUCGGCCUCGCCCUCGGCGGCCAGAUCACCAUCCUCACCGGCAUCUUCUACUGGGUCGCCCAGCUCCUCGGCGCCAUCGUCGGCGCCGUCCUCGUCCAGUUCUGCACCGGCAUGGCGACCCCGACACACGGGCUUUCCGCCGGCGUGGGCGCUCUUGAGGGCGUCGUCAUGGAAGUCAUCGUCACCUUCGGGCUCGUCUACACCGUGUACGCCACCGCCGCUGACCCCAAGAAGGGAUCCCUCGGCACCAUCGCCCCCAUCGCCAUCGGGUUCAUCGUCGGCGCCAACAUCCUCGUCGCCGGCCCCUUCUCCGGCGGGUCCAUGAACCCUGCUCGCUCCUUCGGCCCCGCCGUGGCCAGCGGCGACUUCACCAACAUCUGGAUCUACUGGGCCGGCCCGCUCAUCGGCGGUGGCCUCGCCGGCGUCGUCUACCGGUACCUGUACAUGUGCGGCGACCACACGGCCGUCUCCGGCGGCGACUACUAAGCCAGACGACGAGCUGAAGGGUGUGUGCGCCCAGUCACACAGUCUGUCCAUCGUUGUUUGGUUUCCAUAAUGUCGGGAACAUAAAAAAGUGCGCGCGUACGUGGUGGUCAGUCUCGCGAACGGAUGUGAAGAUCGUCAUGUAGUUUGGUUCAGAUCGAAGCCCUGGGAGGCUGUGGGUGAUGCAUGUUCCCUAUCUGUACUGUGAUGGAUGUCGUGAACUUGUUGGGGUUUCAGAAUUCUUCAGUCGAAUUUCCUUAUGCGAUUCAAUAAGAACAUUUCGGUUGUUUAAUGCA